AAAAAAAACAAAAAGAGGAAAGGUUUUGGUCUAUCUCCUCUCGAAUUGCCGGACUCCAGCUUAGAGAACGAAGAACACCCAAAAGCGGAAAAAAGCACUUUCAGCAGAACGCAGCUUCUCGCUCUCACCCCCACCAGGCGUGGUAAUAAUGUUUCUAUCCUUGUAAAAGAUGUAAUUCAUCAACACCACAGGGUCAAAGGAUAUACCUUGAAAUGCUCUUAUCCUAUAUCACAACCGCCCUUCACUUAUGGUUAUUGAUUAGUUAGGACAGGAGGUCUCAUGUAGUGCAGUGUUUACGAUACACCCUUUCAGAAGAAUCAUCAAUCUGUGUCGGGAUGAGGGGAACUGUUAGAAUCAUGUGAAACUUCUGCUACUGUCGUGGAUACAUGGAAGAUCAAUCUUUAGCUGUGCAGAACAAUUCUCAUGCUUUGACAGAAUAUGCUUUAGACUUGGCUAUUGGGCAAGAAUUUCCUGAUGUUGAAACAUGCAGAAGAAGAUUGAAGAACAUUGCUCUAGUACAACAUUUUGAUCUUCGUAUAGUGAAAUCAGAUCGCAGCCGGUUUAUAGCGAAGUGCUCCAAAGAAGGUUGCCCAUGGCGUGUCCAUGUGGCAAAAUGUCCCGGAGGUCCAACCUUUACAGUAAGAACCCUGCAUGGUGAGCACACCUGUGAAGGAGUUCUCAACCUUCAUCAUCAGCAAGCAUCAGUAGGUUGGGUUGCUAGGUCUGUAGAAUCACGGGUUCGGGAUAAUCCACGGUAUAAACCAAAAGAGAUCCUGCAAGAUAUCCGGGAUCAGCAUGGAGUUGCUGUUUCUUACAUGCAAGCUUGGCGUGGCAAGGAGCGUAGCAUGGCAGCACUUCAUGGAACUUUUGAAGAAGGGUAUCAGCUUCUUCCUGCAUACUGUGAGCAAAUAAAGAAAACCAACCCUGGAAGCAUCGCUUCAGUUUUUACCACUGGACAAGAAAAUUGCUUCCACCGUCUCUUCAUUUCUUACCGUGCAUCAAUAUAUGGGUUUAUACAUGCUUGUAGGCCACUUUUGGAAAUUGAUAGAUCGCACCUCAAAGGCAAAUACUUGGGUUCCUUACUUUGUGCUGCAGCUGUUGAUGCUGAUGAUACAUUAUUUCCACUGGCAAUAGCUAUUGUUGAUGUGGAAAGCGAUGAAAAUUGGAUGUGGUUUAUGUCAGAAUUGCGAAAGCUUCUUGGAGUAAACACUGACAACAUGCCUAGACUAACAAUACUCUCUGAAAGACAAAGGGGUGUUGUAGAGGCGGUGGAAACCCAUUUUCCUAGUGCCUUCCAUGGUUUUUGUCUGCGUCAUGUUAGUGAAAAUUUUCGUGAUACGUUUAAGAAUGCGAAGUUGGUGAAUAUCUUCUGGAAUGCUGUUUAUGCUCUCACUGCAGUUGAAUUUGACAGCAAGAUUGCAGAGAUGACAGAGAUUUCACAAGACGUGAUUGCAUGGUUUCAACACUUCCCUCCCCAACUUUGGGCUGUAGCAUAUUUUGAAGGAGUGCGAUAUGGCCAUUUUACUCUCGGUGUUACGGAGUUGUUGUAUAAUUGGGCUCUUGAAUGCCAUGAGCUCCCUAUUGUGCAAAUGAUGGAGCAUAUUCGUGAUCAGUUAUCAUCGUGGUAUAAUGACCGCCGGGAUACGGGAAUGAGAUGGACGUCAAUUUUAGUACCAUCUGCUGAGAAGCGGAUUCUAGAGGCAAUGGCUGAUGCUCGAUGCUAUCAAGUACUUCGUGCAAAUGAAGUUGAAUUUGAGAUUGUGUCUACGGAGCGGACAAAUAUUGUGGAUAUACAAACUCGUGUUUGCUCUUGUCGCCGUUGGCAUAUAUAUGGUCUACCUUGUGCACAUGCUGCUGCUGCACUUAUGUCUUGUGGACACAAUGUCCAUUUGUUUGCUGAGCCUUGCUUUACAGUAGCAAGUUACCGAGAGACCUAUUCGCAGAUGAUUCAUCCCAUUCCGGAUAAGAACUUGUGGAAGGAGCCAGGCGACGGAACAGAGGGUGGAAGCACCAAUGUUGAUAUCAUGAUACGCCCACCCAAGACCCGACGGCCACCUGGAAGACCCAAGAAGAAGGUCCUUCGUGUAGAAAACUUCAAGAGGCCGAAGAGGGUGGUUCAAUGCGGUCGCUGUCAUAUGUUAGGGCAUUCUCAAAAGAAAUGUACCCUGCCGCAUUGACCUGAAUUAGACUGUUUAAAAUCAUUCGUACCCCUAGAUUUCGGUUCCUUUUUUCCCUUUCACUUGUUCAAAAACGCAGUAGAAUCGGUUGUGUGGAAGUAAUGUUAAUGUAUGUUUUAAUUUAACUACUUCAAUUGCGAAAUAAGGAUUCGUUUUCGUUUUCUUUUGCA